CAAUAGAAACGUUGUCGUCGAGGGAAUGAUUUUUCGCUGUUAAAAUAUAUUUAUUCAUCUUUGCUAGACGCAAGUAAAAAUUUCGUCAGUACUAUUUUGAACGUUCAACCGUAGACAUCUACAGUUUAAAAUAAAUUUAACAUAAUAUCUAAAAUGGCAGAUACAAAAAUAAUUAGUGCGUCUUGUCCAGAUUUGACGAUAAAUCACGAAUGGACAGUUAAGAAAUUGAACUAUGAAAAAAAAACAAAGUCAUUGCCAAAUAUGGCAUUUGUAUGUCAUGAAUUGGAAAAAGAGACAAAAAAUACAGAUGUAAGUCUAACAUUUAAAAUCGAAGAACACGACAAAAAAUUUAGCGCGUCUUGUCCAGAUUUGACGGUAAAUCACGAAUGGACAAUAAAAAAAUUAAACUCUAAUAAAAAAACAAAGUCGUUGCCAAAUAUGGCAUUGUUAUGUCAUGAAUUGAAGGUAGACACAAAAAUCACGGGUGUAAGUAAUAUAUUUAAAAUCGAGAAACACACCGAUAAACUUAGCGUGUCUUGUCCAAACUUGAUGCAGAAUCACGAAUUAACCAUUAAAAAAUUGAACUGUGAUAACAAAACAAAAUCAUUGCCGAAUAUGAUAUUAACACAUUCUGAUGAAUUGGAAGUCAAAAAGACGUAUGAUUCGGAAAAAAUUACCGAAAUAGAAUGCGCAAAAGAAGAAAUCGAAGUCCCGAAAAAGAAAAGACGAACAAUAUACAAGCGAGUCAAGCGAUUUUUCAGGGGCUUGUGUUGCUGCUGUGCUAAACCUUAACUUUUUGUAUUAUUAUUUUUUUUUAAAUUUAUAUUUGAUGAAACACUUUUUUUGUGAUAAU